GCGACUGUUGUAUGCGAAUUCCCGUCAUCGAAACUCGACUAUUUGUGCUGCAACCGGGGUAUUUGCGUGGGGGAAUUAACGGUGGUUUCCGCACCGAGACCUCCAUGCGGCUGUUGGCGGAACAACCAGCCGCCUCUCUCGGUUAGCCAUCAGGGAUCUCGGUUUAAUAUCUCACCGUGCAUAGACUCGCCCUCUCUCUCCCCCUCUCUCUCUCACUGACUAGCCCAGAACCUGCCCCGACGACCGAGCUCGGAGAACCCGCCUUCUUGCUCUCGCUUAUACGCUUUUGGAUCGAGGGAAAGGAUUCUACAACGCCCUGGGUUUAGUUUUGAGCUCCGUAUUUCUGUGUUUGCAGUGCGCCAUUGGACCUUGUCACGGUAGGUUUCCUUGUAACGUUAGAGCAGAGCUGAAGCAUGGCGGACCUGGAGCUGUUGUCGCGCCAGUGAAGCUACUCAGCCUCGGAUGUUAACAUGUUUCUUUUGAGCGUUUAUCUCACAAUUUAGAUACAAGGCCAUACACUCACAAUGAAUGGAGAAAUGGAAGCAACCACCCAAGACCAAGGUGGGAUUUUGACAAUAUGGGCACAGGAUGACCUCUUAAAUCUGCUGGAGUCCAUGAAAUUGGCCCUGCCUCAGAAAGACCUGACUAAAUACAAAACAUCAGAGUCCCACCUCGACUGGCAGAAGGUGGCCUUUAACUCCUUCACAGGAGAGAUGUGUAAGCAGAAGUGGCAGGAGGUCUCCAAAGAGAUUCGUAAAUUCCGGACUCUAACAGAACUCAUAUAUGAUGCCCAAGAUUACAUCAAGAACCCUUACAAGGGCAAAAAGAUAAAGAAACAUCCAGAUUUCCCCAAGAAGCCAUUAACUCCAUACUUCCGGUUCUUUAUGGAAAAACGGGCCAAAUACGCAAAGUUGCACCCUGAGAUGAGCAACCUAGACCUAACUAAAAUCCUGUCCAAGAAGUACAGGGAGCUACCUGACAAAAAAAAGAAAAAGUAUGUUGAGGACUUCUUACGAGACAAAGAAACAUUUGUGCACAGCAUGAUGAAGUUCAGAGAACUACACCCGGACCUUAUGGAGAGCAUGACCAAGAAAGGUUCAAAUGCACCAGAGAAGCCCAAGACACCCCAACAGCUGUGGUACAACCAUGAAAAGAAGGCCGUCCUCAAGACACGCCCAGAUGCAACCACCAAAGACAUUAAGGAGAGUCUUGGCAAACAGUGGACACAGCUGUCUGACAAGAAGAGACUAAAAUGGAUCGCCAAGUCCCUGGAGCAGCAGAAACUGUAUGAGGAGACAAUGCGGGAGUACAUCCAGCAGCAUCCGGAGUUAAACAUGACCCAAGGGGAUAUCGUCAAGUCCACCCUGACCAAGGCUGAGAGGCACCUGAAAGACAAAUCUGACGGCCGACCUGACAAACCACCUCCAAAUGGUUACUCGAUGUUCUGUGCCGAGUUGAUGUCGAGCAUGAAGGAUGUACCCAGCACAGAGCGCAUGGUUAUGUGUAGCCAGCGGUGGAAGCUUCUGAAGCAGAAUGAGAAGGACGCCUACCAGAAACGCUGUGAACAGAGGAAGAAGGAGUUUGAAAUUGAUAUGAACAGAUUUCUCAGUUCUUUGUCAGAGGAGGAGCAAAACCGGGUUUUGUCUGAGGAUAAAUCAGGUUUUAAGAAGGGUGGAGCUAACAGUCCUGCCGCCAAAAAGAGGGCUUCUAGAGCAAAGGUCAAUCCAGAGAAACCCAAAAGGCCAAUUUCAGCCAUGUUCAUUUUCUCUGAGGAGAAGCGUCCCAAACUGCAGGCGGAGCGGCCAGAUCUUUCUGACAGUGAGCUCACAAGACUCCUGGCCCGCAUGUGGAAUGAGCUGCCGGAUAAGAAGAAGGAGAAGUAUAAGCGCCUAGAAACAGUCCUGAAGGCAGAGUCAGAGAAGAAGGAGAAGGAGGAUCGUAGUCGUCUGCCGGACCCACCCAAGACUGCACAGGACAUCUGGCAGCAGAGUGUCAUCGGAGACUACCUGGCCAGAUUUAAGAGUGACCGGCCAAAGGCACAGAAAGCAAUGGAAGCAACCUGGAGCACCAUGGAGAAAAAAGAGAAAAUUAUGUGGAUCAAAAAGGCAGCAGAAGACCAGAAAAGAUACGAGAGAGACCUGUGUGAGAUGCGCUCACCUGCCACUGCCAUUGCCUCAGGGAAGAAGAUGAAGUUUGAGGGUGAACCCAAGAAACCUCCAUCAAACGGAUAUCAGAAGUUCUCUCAGGAGAUGCUGUCCAACGGAGAGCUGAAUCACCUCCCGAUGAAAGAGCGGAUGACAGAGAUUGGCAGCCGCUGGCAGAGGUUAACGCUGAAGGAGAAGGACCGCUACAAGAAGAUCGCAGAGGAGAAGCAGAGACAGUACAAAGUCCAACUGGAACAGUGGCUCGCUAGCUUGACUUCACAAGAGAGAAACACUUACAAAGAAUAUAAUUCACAAAAAAGGAGAGCUCCAGCCAAACCAGGAGGCCCCAAGGCAAAGGUCAAGAAAUCUGACACGGAGGAGGAGGAGGACGAGGAUGAGGACGAAGAUGAUGAUGAUCGUGAGAAGGCUUCCUCUGAGGCAGACUCGUCCAGUGAGGACGAUGAUGACGACGACGACGACGACGAUGAUGAUAAGGACGAGGAUGAUGACGAUGACGAUGAGGCGGAAGACAAGGAGAACAAGUCGGAGGACAGCAGCAGCGAAUCGAAUUCAGAGGGGUCGUCGGACUCUGAUUCGGACUGAAACUGGCCGACGUCUACGUGAGACAAACUGAGCAGCGCUGAGCUGAGCCAAGAGUCAAGGGAGCUCUGCCACUGUGCCAACCCCACUCUCCUCCCACCACCAGAGGGAGCCCCUGCAUCACCUCAUCCACUUCACACUCGCCCACUUUAUGUCGCUGCAUUGGUGAUCUACUCCUGGAGGGACCCUGUCCUUAUGUCCAAAAUCUAUUUCAUUCCCUCCCCGGUUUAAUGAUCAUCUCACAACACGGGCCGCUGACGUUAUGCCAAAAACGGCAUCCCGCUGGUUUGGUGAUGUCAUGAACUUCUGCCACUGGUUUCAGUCCUGACUUGCAGGUUCAAUGGUUUAAGGUUAGAGUUUUAAUGUUGAUGGUAAUUCAUAACCUUCCAGUGUUUAUUUUAUUACUCUGGUAAUUAGUUGAAGACAGGCGGCAUAAGUUGUGAACGGGCUUCAUAGAGCCAAAGAACAGUAUGGUGGAUCACUUUAGGGAGCGAGAGGGGAAAGGUACAGGGUACUGGAAAAUUGCACUCUUCAGAAUGUUUCCUUUUUUAAAUAUUAUUUUUCCCAGAGCAUUGUCGCAUUGUUCUGUAUUCUCAAUUUAUGAUGUAGAUUUUAUCAUUUGGUUCUUAAAGAGGUGGUAUUUUUUCAGGAAAAAAAAAUCAAGCCAUUUUGAAUGUCUUUUUGUUGCUGGAAAAUUUCAGUUGUUACUUACCCAUGUUCUCAUUUAAAAGAUAACAGUGCCUGUAUAAAGUAUUCACCCCCACUUGGACUUUUUCAUGUUUAUUGUUUUAAGACGUUAAACCAAAGUGGAAGCUUUGGUACUCAUUAACAUAAAAUUAGAGCUUGUACUGCAACAUUUAGGGGGAAUUUACUUGAAUGCUUUCUAAUUGAGAGGAAACCUGCCCACAGCCAGCUGUGAUGUCCAGUUUGUUUGAAGUGUAGCAGACAUUUUAACACGAAAACUGAAACUGACUAAUCUCAUCUAAAUCUCAGUAAGACAACAAGCUCAGCAAAUGUUCCUGUUAUUUUCCAAGUAAAAAUAAAUAUCUACAGUAUCUAAAUGAAGUGCAAGUUUAAAAAAUGUACAACAAUUGAGUCUGUGGAUGAGUCGUUGCACAUGUGGACACUGCAUUUCCCCGUUCCUUUCGUGAAAAUGCCCGUUUGAGGUUUAUAGUGGCUGUAAAUGAGCCGCUGUUUCCAAGAUCUGCCACAAAUUCUCUAUUGGAUUUAACCUCACCAAUGCGUUUCUUGCACCAACACAGCCUGCUCUAAGCAGAUUUACAGCUGUGCCAUAUUAAUUUUUUUUUUUCUUUUUAAGGAUUGACCUUACUGUAGUCUGCAGGCUAUUCUGUGCCUUGAAAAUAUGCUUGUAUAAUUCCCCUUGAAUGGUAGCUUGUUUCAAUUUAUUUGGCAUGUUUCUUUAUCUUCACAAUGUAGUUUUUAAUACAAAAGAAGUUGUUGGUGCCUCCAGAUACAGCUGUAUUUACUGGUCACACUUUUAAUUUAGUGUGAUCUCUCCAUUCAACUUAUAAAGAAACUGUCUGCACCAGUCAAUACUCAUGCAGUCAAUUAUUUACCCUUUUUAUUUUUUUUUAAUCAGGAGUUAUUUUAUAUCAGUUGGUGAAGAUUUGUUUUGAGUGUCAAAAAAGCCUGAUUGCAUCCACUGUGCUUCAGAGAUGUAAAACAAAAAAAGGUUUAAGAAAGGUGAAUAUUUUAUAGGUACUUCAUGAUCCAUUGCCAUGUGUCUGUCAUUGAAAGGUGUCCUUUAUCAAAGUUACCUGACAUGUCUCGUACACAUUAAUCCAUCAGUCUGAUAUAAUUCAGUUUGCCUCAGUUAAUUCUGGCCUGACAGUGUUUAUUUGGAGGGAUACUUGUUUUCCACAUGUAGAGCUCAAUCGGAUUCUGUGUUUUUAAAGAAUAUGUCAUACAGUUGGUGUAUGUUUCUUUUCUGAACCGUUGUUUUACGUUUACGGUUUAUUUUAAUUGUUAAUUGUUUUGUUUUAAUUGUGAGCAGUUGUGUUCUGAUCCAUCUGGAAUCAUUUUUUGGAUGUCAAACUGAAUGGUCAAGUUUUUUUUGUUUUGAAUUUUUAAUGGUAUUUUGACCGUAAUCCGUAUGGGUUUUAGUCUGAUGCUUAAUCCCAAAAAAGUGUGCACUUAUUGUAAAUCUGUCCCUCUGUGUGAGUUUGUGUGCAUGCAUGCACAAAACUGUGUAUAUAUGAGGGUGUGAGUGUGUGUUUCUUUGCUUUAAUGUGUGCUGUUUUUACUGUUUUGUUGCAUACCGUGACGUGACUGCAGCAGGCUUGUUUGUGCCUGUGUGGGGACGUCAUACCAACACCAUGAAUGUAGAUAUUGUUAAAUCUUUACAUUUUUUUUCUUUAAUACUUUUUCUGCUCGACACUGUUGUGUCAUUGGUUACCUGAAAACAGACUAUUGACAAGACUUCCAUGACUGUCAUUUUGGGUCCACAGACAGAUGAGUACAUGGCAAAUAUUAACAAUCUGUUAGUAAUGGACUGCUUUUGACCAUUUGGAAUCUCAUUACUGUCUGAAACUAAAACCAGCAUGGACUGUUUAAAUGAUUUGGGGAGGGAAUGAGAAAAGUGAUUGCUGAUAUCGAUAAAUGGGAGUUUGUAAAAGGUAUUUGAGGAACUGAGUUGCCAGAGGAAUUGGGGUUAAAAACUUGUAAUUUUUCCUGUAAAUACUGUUUUUGUAUUGAGUGCUUAUUGUUUUGUUAGUGCUUUAAUUUGGCAAACCCUCAUCUGUGACUUCUGAGGCUAGUGAGUUUUUCACUCACGGGGGAGAGAGUUUGAUUUAAUUCACCUGUUUUAGUUGUUUCUUCUCUCCCUUAUGUUGGUUUAUAGAGAUAUCUAAGACAGCAAAGCUUUCCAAGUUUGUACUGCUGGUCAUUUGACAAAAUUUGAUGUUUUCUAUAGCUGAGGGUGUUCUUAUGUCCUUGUAGUUCCAGUAUUUGGGCAAAUAAAAAUUAUCUUUAACAGUUA